AAAGCACCCUCUAUGGCUAAAAUAUGUCUCAGAUUGACUGAAAAUGAACUAUCUGCUAAUGGUAGGACUGGGUCUGUUGCAUGGUUGAUCGAGGGUAUAAAUAUAGAAAAUUCUCAAGAUGCCUUGAGAUUGUCUAUAAGGCAGCUGCCCCAGGAUUCAACUGCUUCUCAGAGGACCAUGAUAGAAGAAAGAAGGCAAAAUCUCAUGACAUGGAUUAUUAAGUUCCAUGAGGCUACAGAGGUCAUGACUAAUGGUAUGGAAUUGAAGGGAGAUGAAGGAGCACCACUGGACAACCCUGAACUGUGCUGGAGGAUGCUGACACAUCCAAUAUGGAAGAUCUAG